CAGUAAUCGGCGUGACUCCACCAAUGUUACCACCUCUUGGUUUGCAUUUUGCAUUCAACAAUGUCUAGGAGCAAAGGGUUUAACUGUGCAGCGGCAGUGCGGGGGCUGAUACCCUGGGUUUUAAUUGCCAACAUAAUGUUGGUCCUCUACUGCUUGACUGCGACAAGCCCAGUGAUUAUAAGCCCCACCCAAGAAGAGAUGUGUCGCCUCAGCAUGGAACAAACAAGUCCAAACGUCCUUACUGAAGUUUCUAACUCUAAACAGAAAUGCUCCCCCAAAGUGAACAUCAUGUUCAUGAAGACCCAUAAAACUGCGAGCAGCACCAUCCUCAACAUCCUCUUCAGGUUUGGGGAAAAGCACCAGCUCAAAUUUGCCUUACCUGACAGACGUAACGAUUUCUGCUACCCACAGCCGUUCCUGUGCUCCCAGGUGAAGGACUACAGGCCAGGGGAGUGCUUCAACAUUGUUUGCAACCACAUGCGCUUCAACUAUGAACAGGUGACCAAACUCCUGCCUUCAGAUGCCGUGUACAUCACCAUCUUACGGGACCCGGUGGAUCUCUUUGAGUCUGCGUUCCAUUACUACCACAGAACAGUUCCUUUCACGUGGAGAAUCAGAGGGGAGAACAAACUGACUGAGUUUUUGAACAAUCCCAAGGCCUUCUACAGUCCAGAGGCUCUUAACUCAUUCUAUCUUAAAAAUCUGCUGUUUUUUGACUUUGGUUUGGAUAACAACCUUAAAGUCAAUGAUCCUCGUGUCAUGGAGGGCAUUUGGUACUUAUCCAAACGUUUUCAGCUGGUCCUCAUUGCAGAAUACUUUGAGGAAUCUCUGAUUCUGCUUAAGGAUUUACUUUGUUGGUCAAUGGAGGACAUCCUUUAUUUCAAGCUCAAUGCUCGCAGGACCUCAUCUGUGUCUCGGCUGGACCCUGAAAUGAGAACCAAAGCCUUGCAGUGGAACUGGGCUGACUGGAAACUCUAUGAACACUUUAAUGUUACUUUCUGGGAGAGAGUUGAGGCAUAUGGAAGACAAAGAAUGGAACAAGAGGUAAAUGAGCUGAGAAGAAGAAAUGCUGAGAUGAGUGCAAACUGUAUUGAAGGUGGAAAUGCAGUUGAAGCCCAGAAGAUUAAGGACACACAUUUCCAGCCUUGGCAGCCCAUUGGAGAGAAAUCCAUCAUGGGGUACAAUUUGAGGAAAGACAUUGAUCCCAAAAGCAGUACAAUAUGUGCAAAAAUGCUCACACCUGAGAUACAGUACCUAUCAGAAUUGGGAGUAAACCUUUGGGUGACUAGACUAUGGGGUUGGGUGAAAGAUUCUAUUUUAUAAUUGCCUUGUUUCAUUUUGAUAAUUUAACUUAUUUAUUAGGAUGGAAGUAAAGCACUUGAUUAAGUUGGAUGUCCAUUUAACAAAAGUUAUAAGUUUAAGAUUAAUGCAAAAUGCCAGCACUUGUUACCUGAAUUGAGCUUAAGUUCUUUACAAAACAAACUGGGGCUUACUGCAUUUUAAUGUAAUAUUAAAAAAUUUAUACAAGGCGGGUUUUCACAAAAGAGGUAAAAUAAACAUUGUAUCUGCAGGCUAAAAAUAUAAUACAUUACAAUUAAAAACUAUUAAUUCAGAGGUAAAAAAAUAAUUUCCAACAACUUGAGGGGACAAUAUUUGUAGUCGUUGACUGUGUUUAAACUGUUUAAAAAAUGGAUUUACAUCAGACAUGUAAAACUCCUUCAUUCUGUAGCAUCUAAACAGACAGAACAGUUUUAGUUUUAGAUAUGAGAAAUUUGUCUCGCCACGCUGGGUGCUAUUCUGCCAGGGAGCUACAUAAGCACUCAACUGGGCAAGAACUUGUUUUGUUUUAUUAUUUGUUCCUUUCAGUCAGUGGGGAUUAAGCAUUUUCAGAAGAUUUAGCAAUAAAACACUGUUGAAUCUGAAAUAAGAUUCAAGAUUUCUGUUUGUAAUAUUUAAAGGCUAGUUUAACAUCUAAAAUACUAAUUGAAUGGCGUUGUUUUACCCUGAAAAGAGAUUAUUUUAAACAGUUUGAGUCAUGAAACCUUUAUUCUCUCCCUGAACACAAACAAAAUUAACAUUUCUAAGGGUUUUUUUGGAAUCAGAGUGAGCUUAUAUCGAGACCAGCAUGAAAACCCCAGUGUAUAGACCAGUCAACACCAACUUUGUUCUGUACUAAUAACAGAUUUUUUAAAACACAGGUGUGGUUUGUGUAACAUAUUGGCGAAAACAUGUGAAACCUUAGCUUUCUGAAAAAUAUAGAUAAUAUAUCUUUGCAGACCAAAUAUGUUUUAGAUGCAGAAAAUAAAAAAGGGGUUUCCCAGGUCAACAACCAUGCAGGAACCACCUCUAAUUAGAGUCAGCCUUUAUUUGAAACGUUCUCAGGCUAUUAAUUUUUUCUUUGGCUGCAUUCGGAGUUCUGCUCAAAUCUGUUAGGAAUAACCUUUAUUUUCCCUUUUUUCCCAUAGUGAUAUAAAGUAUAAGUUCCAAUGUUUCCCUUUUAUUAGAAUAGGAUAA